GGCAGAAGGGUGAGGUGGGACAGACAUCAGCAUUCCGGAAUCAGAUACACAAGGGGUUCAAGACUCAGUACCGUUUACCAGGACACAGCUGCAGUGGUCUGAUCCCUCCAAGCAGCUCUCACCUGCUUUCAGAGGGAUCUGGGUGCAAGGUCAGUUACUCAUCUACACUACCCAGCCUGAGUGACAAGAUCCAGUUUCCAUCUUUCCUUCGGACCCUGACUAGUGACCUCACAUCUUCCCGUGCAGUUACCCAACUGAUAAUUCACUUCCAGUGGUCCUGGGUGAUCAUUCUGGCCAAUGAUGAUGACUUUGGGCAGGAAGCCAGCUCUCUGGCCACUCAGGUGCUGGGUCCAGCUGGGGUUUGCAUUGAGUCCCACCUCCACGUUCCUUCCCAUCAGUCCUUGGAGAAGACUGAAGAGAUUGUCCAGAGGAUGCAGAAAUGCACCGCCAAGGUUGUUCUGGUUUUCCUAAGCAAUUCAAAUUUCCAGCUCAUCCUGUAUGGCUUAUUGGGUGUUCCUGUCUCAGGCCAGAUUUGGGUCAGCAAGGGCACUCUGCACAUGGCUCUUGCUCUGAGCAUUCCAGGCGUUUCUCAGGUCUUGCAAGGCACAUUUGGCCUUCUGUAUCACAGCAGCAAGGCAAUUGGCUUCCCUGAAUUCCUUGCUCACCUGCACCCCAGCCAGACCCCAGAAGACAUGUUUAUAAAGAAGUUCUGGGAGUUCACCUUUGAUUGUACAUGGCCCCACCAAAACAUCACAGUGACAGAGGGUGCUCAGCUCUGCUCAGGGAAUGAGAGUCUGAAGAACAAGGAGCAUCCUUUUCCAGAAGUGAGUAAAACUGAUGCUGCGUACACAGCUGUCUACUGCAUUGCCCAUGCCCUGCAGGAUAUGAUAGCCUGUGGGCACCAGGAUGAGAAAGGUGCUGACUCUCCAGACCUCCAGCCCUGGCAGCUGCUUCAUGCCCUCAGAAAGGUGCACUUCAAGGCUCCUGAUGGAAGUGAGGUUUUGUUUGACGUCAAUGGAGAUUUGGUGACAAAAUUUGACAUUUUCCAAGGGCGGAAGACUCCUGAGGGUGUAUUUCACUUGGUCCACAUAGGCAUGAUAGACCCUCAAGCCUCUUCAAGUAACAAAAUGAUGGUCCAUUUGAAGGAGCAUCUCCAAGUGAGUUGCCUUAAUUUGGUGAUGACUCGUCCUAGAGUGUUAAAGUCUCAAG